AACAUUUUUUCCCCUGAAGCAGCUCAUUGCAAACUGUCCUUGAAUCAGGAUCUGGAAACAGAAUGGCUACCCAAGAGACUUCUGCAGAUAUCAGUAACAUUUCAGAGCUAGAUCCCUCUUAUUUUGAGGCUUUCUACCCUCAGAUGAAUUUCAAUUUUAGCAUGCUGAUUGAAGAAAUGGAGCUAGAUUACCAGCAAAUCCGCAAGCAACUACAAAGAGGGUUUAAUUCUACAAUGAGAAGUGAAGCCAAAAGGUUAAAAACCUUCCUCUCCCUACCUAGUAAUUGUAAAUCGACUUGGGCGCCCUCAGAAAUGGCUGCAGCUGGCUUCUAUAACACCAAUGUUAAGUCUGCAAUACAGUGUUUUUGCUGUGGAUUAGUUUUGCUCGCAAGACAUAUUGAAAGGUCACCUUUUGAAGAACAUAAGAAGCAGUGGUCCAGCUGCAAAUUUAUUUUAGGCAAAGAGGUUGGUAACAUCUCUAAAUAUGAUGUCCGAGUACAGAAUCCGGAGGACAAUUCUCUAGAAGUAAAAAAUGAGCACAAAGAAAUGGAGUCAAGACUUGAAUCCUUCACCAACUGGCCAUUUUAUUGCAAAGAGAUACAGCCUGCUUUGCUGGCUAAUGCUGGAUUUUUCUUUACAGGCAUAAAAGACACAGUUCAAUGCUUUGCCUGCACUGGGUGCCUGGGAAACUGGGAAGAAGGUGAUGAUCCAUGGAAAGAACAUGCAAAAUGGUUUCCUGAAUGUGAAUUUCUUCAAAUGAAGAAGUCCAGAGAUGAAAUUAAACAGUAUAUUCAAAAUUAUCAUGGAUUUUUUGGCAUUAUGGGAAAGCAUUUUGCAGCACCUGCUGGGAAAUGUUUACCUUCUGACCCAGAGGAGAUAGAACCCUCUCUGAACAUCUAUAAGGAUGAAGAGAUUCGGCUGGAAUCCUUUAAAACUUGGCCACGAGAUGCACACGCUGAUCCAGCAAUUCUGGCCAAAGCAGGCUUCUUCUAUACAGGAAGAAAGGAUGUCGUACAGUGUUUUUACUGUAGUGGGUAUCUGAAUGACUGGAAGGAGACUGAUGAUCCUUGGAAAGAACAUGCUACUUUUUUCCCUCAUUGUAAGCAGUCAGAUCCAGAAAGAAGGAUAUCGCUGGAGAAUAGAGAAAUGCAAACAAAGGCUGAGUCACAGCAGGAAAAGCAAACAGAUUUCAAUGAGAAUUUGAAUGAGAUAGAAGCUGUCUGCUCAGCCAUGACCAAUAUUGCUCUGGAUGAACAUGAAUGGCUUCAAAGAAAGCUCUCAAAGGCUUAUGAUGAUUCCAAUUUCAGGAAAAUAUUUUCUUUUGGGGACCACACUCAUUUUGCUAUUGACUUGAAAUUGCUUUAUGGGGACAUGGCCAUUGUCUCCAAGGAUAUCAAUAACCAGCCACUGCAGCAGCUGACAUUGCCUCAGAUCCUGGAGAGCUUUCAUUCCAUUACAGUGAUAGAAGGAGAAGCAGGUAGUGGGAAGACUGCAUUGCUUCGAAAAAUAGCAAUUCUUUGGGCCUCUGGAUGUUGUCCCAUACUCAACAGAUUCAAGUUAGUUUUUUAUUUGUCCCUGAAUUCUGGAGAACGUGACCAAAGUCUGGCUGGCCUUAUCUGCAGUCAGGUGGUAGGGCUUAGAGGGACCUUAACUGAAGAUUCUCUGAGGAACAUAUGUCAAAGUUUAACUAAUGAGGUCUUAUUCCUUUUGGAUGAGUUUGACAAAAUGAAUGGGCUUCCCCAUGCCAUUGAAGAUUUGAUUCAAAAGAACUAUUUGAACAAACACUGUUUGGUUAUUACAGUUCGUCCUAACCAAGUUAGAGAAAUACGCCAACAUGCCAACACUAUUUUCAGUAUCUUGGAAUUUCCAUUGAGUAGCACCCUCUAUCUGUUAAAGAAACUAUUUUCAUACAAUAUUAGGUUUUUAGAAGAGUUUUAUUGUCAACUGGCACAAGAAGAAACCAUGCAUUCCAUGUUCAAGACUCCUCUUUUUGUUGUAGCCCUUGGCUCAUACUGGGCUCAGUAUCCUAAUGGCAAAAUAUUCGCUGGUACUGUCAUUUUAAAAGCCUACAUGCUGUACAGCUUGUUGAAAUAUCCCCAAAAGAUGGACUGCGUGAGAGCCGUGGUGUCUGCUUGUGGUGAAUUAGCCUUACAAGGUCUCUUCAAAUCCCUCUUUAACUUCAGUGAGAAAGACCUGUCUGAAGCUGGGGUUAAUGGGGAGGAAGCUCUUUGGUUUGGAAUGCUGAGCAAGUUUACUGCUCAAAGGCUUCAGCCACUCUACAAAUUCUUCCACCUUUCUUUCCAAGAAUUUCUUGCCGGACAAAGAAUGAGUGAGCUCCUAGCUUCAGAUGUGCAGGCAGACAGAGAGAAAGGCCUGGAAUACUUGCAGCAAAUCAACACAUUUGUGAAAAUCAGCGGCCGCUACCAGUAUAUUUUGAGAUAUGCUUGUAGUGAACCAUCCAAAGCGGUACCCAUAAUAAUUUCCCACCUACUGAAUUUACCCAGUUGCAAAAAGUCAUUUGAAAGCCACUCAGAUAAUGACAUUUAUCUGCAGCAAACUCCAAAACUUAAUUUAAUGCAAUACCAGUAUAUCAGUGCUGCCUUUGAUUUGAUUCCAGAAUUAUAUCUCUCAAAAUUCACUGAAACUGUCCUGACAUUUGCUACUGAGUUAGCCUAUCAAAGCAAUAUGGUUUCCAGUUGUGCACCUAUGAUUUUAGAGUUCCUGACUGGGAAAGAGGUUUGUUUAUCUUUGUUUGCAUCUAAAGAUAGAUUCAUCCAUCAGUUAUGUCUGGAUUAUCCAGAAAGUUUGUUCUUACCAAGUAGAUUUGAGGAAAGUCUUUCUGGCAAAAAGGAAUAUGUUGAUAUGUCUCCACUGGAAAGUGCUUGUUUCAAACUGAAUGCUCCAGUUGUUGAACCAAUAUACACUCAUGCUUUUAAACUCUCCAGUAAUGUGACCCAGCAGAUAAAAGAAGACACAGAUGUUAUUAAUAGUGUUAAGACCCUUUUCCCCAGGAUGAUUCCAGAUUCCAUCAUAACUCCAUUUCUCCAUGUGAAAGGCUGUGAGAAGAUUCCAUAUUUGAAAUUUGACAUCAGUUGUAUGACUUCCCUUGAGGCUCCUGAUAUUCAGAAUUUAAAACGGCUCUUCUCAUUUUUUGAUAAUAUUGAACUCAGUUUGUACAAUUGCAAAGGCUUCCUUGAAAGUAUCAGACCAGCUAUUGAAGAGAACCUGAAGUCUUUUAAAACCUUCAGCAUACAUAGUACUGAGCUGAAUAUGCUGGAAGAAAAUCUGCUUCUUUCAAUGUCUUCACUUGAAUCCCUUGAUUUUCACUGGAACACUUCAGUACCAGAAACUCUCUUUGCAAAUUUGGACAAAUACACAUUUUUGAAGGAACUCUCAUUGAAUCUAUCUAACUGCCAUAAUGUAUUUGAUACAAUCCCAGAGGGGUUCAAAAAUCUUCAUCACAUUGAGAAAUUGCUCAUCGACCAUGUUCAGUUUAAAACAAGUUCUCCCCGGCUAGUUGAAUUCAUACGGAACUUUCCAAAUCUCUCUGCUUUCCAUUUGAAAAACUCAGAUUUUUCUGAUUUGGGGGCUCUUAUGGAUGCAAUGUCUUCUUGCAAGAAGCUCACUGAAAUUCUACUCAAUGAAUUGAAUGUUAGAGAUGAAGACCUAUAUACCCUUACUGCUGUUUUGCCAAAUUUUACAGCACUAAAGAUACUGAGUCUCUCAAGAUUAAAUCUGAUAAACAAGGAAGCAUGUACAGCACUGGCAUUAGCUUUACGUUCUCUUGUGAAUUUGGAGCAACUGGCUCUACCAAUUGGAGAAGGAAUACAUCAUGCAGCUAAAAUGAUUGUUCAGCAAUGCUCCCAUUUUCCAAAUCUUCGCAAGUUGGAGUUUAAUGAGUUUUUAAGUGCCGAAGGCCUGAUGGAAAUAGCAAAAGUAGCUGUUGAUGGGGGUUUCCAAAAACUUGAACUUCUGUGCCUCUCAGCCAACCAUAACAUUACAGAAGAGACUUGGAGAAAUUUCUUUCAAACAUUGUCCAACAUGCCAGACUUACAAACAAUGGACUUCAAUCGCCUUUUCACGCAUCAAAUCAAAUGCCAAGCAACAACUGUGAAGUCUUUUGUACAAUGUGUCUCUCGACUGCCCAACCUCAGGACAAUCGCCAUGCAAGGCUGGUUGUUUGAUGAGAAGGACCUCACCAUGUUUGAGAUUAUGAAAGAACAACAUCCCCAGUCAAAGAAUUUAAGCUUAACUUGGAAAUAUAUAUUGCCAUUUGCACCUAUUGUUAAUGAAUAGAGAAGAAGAAUCUA